AUGAUCCAGACAGUUUGGGUGUCUUCCUCCAGGGGCUGGGCUUCCAGGAGGCCUGAUGGCCAACGAACAAGCUGGAAAUGUGGAUUCAUCAGAACUAUAAUCCAGCAUAUAUGCCUGAGGCAUCACUUCAAAGCCCAAGGGAAAACAAGAAUGUUGAAGAAAAUCCACAUAUGCCUCUGCUUCUUCUUCGUCUCCGGCAUUUUGUACGAGAUCUCCUUGCUAUCUGGCUGCUUCUUCUCCUGUAUGCCUAUGCCCAAGCAAUUCCUGACACCUGAGCAAGUCCUCAACCUGGGCAGAAGCAUCAUCUUCCUGGAGACAACAGAGCGCCUGGAACCACCACCAUUGGUGUCCUGCUCCGUGGAGUCUGCUGCCAGGAUCUACCAGGACCGGCCCAUCAUCCUCUUCAUGAAGGGGCUGACAAAUGACACCGUGUUGGACUCAAACUCCAGCUACACGGCCUUCUCGCUUUUAUCUUCUAUGAAGAAUGUCUUCCUUUUUCCUCUCCAGAUGGAAAACGUCUUCCAGGAGACCCCUCUUCUGCAGUGGUACAACGAGGUAGACCCCGAAGAGGAGAAGAACUGGGUCCAUGUCAGCUCUGACGCCAGCAGACUGGCGCUCAUUUGGAAGUAUGGGGGCAUCUACAUGGACACAGAUGUCAUCUCCAUCAGGCCCAUCCCUGAGGGAAGCUUCCUGGCAGCGCAGAAGUCAAGGUUUUCCAGCAAUGGGAUCUUUGGUUUCCCUGCCCGUCACAAAUUUAUUUGGGACUGCAUGGAGAAUUUUGUUCUCAAGUACAACGGGAACAUCUGGGGGAACCAGGGGCCCUUUUUAAUGACGAGGAUGCUUAAAGCCAUCUGCAAUCUCACAGAUUUCAAAGGCGUUGAGGAUCACAGCUGUCAGAACAUCUCCUUCCUAAACCCACAGCGUUUCUACCCCAUCCCAUACCCAGCCUGGAGCCGCUACUACGAUGUAUGGGACAAAGUCCCUGACUUCAACCACUCCUAUGCUCUGCACUUGUGGAACUUCAUGAACCGCAACCGGAAAGCUGUGGUUGCUGGGAGCAACUCGCUGGCUGAAAAACUGUACAAAACCUACUGCCCCAGCACUUAUGAGGACCUGAUCCAAAACGCGGAGCUGAGGGUCUUCACAAGCUAUGAGGACUCUGUGUGAUGUGUAGGAAGAAGGAAGGAGAGAUUC